AUGAGCCUUCGAGUCAAUUUUACUACAUACUCGAAAGAACUUCGUUCUACCUAUGAAGCAGUGCUCAAUGGCGCUGAGGAAACUAAUUGGGUUGUAUAUGGUUAUGAUAAAGGAACAAAUGAAUUGAAAGUUUCAAAUCAAGGGGGUGGGGGCUUAGAAGAACUCGAGGAUGAAUUUAAUGAUGGGAAAGUACAAUACGCGUUUGUUCGCGUUAAAGACCCGAAUACUGGACUGCCAAAAUUUGUGCUAAUUGGUUGGGUAAAGUACCAUUUUCCUCAUGUGCGGUUAUCUCAAUGCGGUGAUGGUGUACCUGAAACGAAAAAAGGCUUAUUUAACUCACAUUUUAACGAAGUCGCGAAUUUUUUGAAGACUGACGUUGAUCCCGCGUAUAUAAUGAAAAGAAUCAAUGAAAGUAGUGGAUCAAAAUAUUCUAUUAAUAAAGAACCACCACGAAAAGCUGAGCCUGUUCUCCCUGUGCGAUCAGUUUAUGAACCAGUCAAAAUACCGAAUAUUGCGGCGAUGCAAAGAGCAGCUGCUUCUCCCGAAGAUCGUAUAAAACCAGUGGGAUCGGUGUAUCAACCAAUACACUUACCCAAUCCGAAACCAUUGGUACAAAGAGAGGAGAGGAAACGUGAAAGUGAACUACGUGAAAAAGAGGAAGAACGUCGAAAAACCGAAGAAGAGGAACUGGCUCGAAGAAAUGCAGAAGAAAGAAUUAGAAAAGCACAAGAAGAGCGAGAACAAUUAGUAGAAGCGGCGCGUAUACGUAAACUAGAGAUAGAAAAAGAGGAGCAAUUAAAAAAUGAGGAAGAAUUACGUCAGGUUGAAGCAGAACAGCAGCAACUGGAACAAGAACUUGCACAAACGGUAGAAUUAGCUGCUGACACUGCUGAAUUGGUUGCUGCUGAUGCCAUAGUCGGUAUUUCAUCGGAAUCCUUAUCAGCUGUUGUAUUAUAUGCCUAUGAUGCUGACGAGGGGAAUGAAAUGCCGUUAGUAGAAGGGGAGAUAAUCACAAAUAUAGUACAGCUUGAUGAAGGAUGGUGGGAAGGUGUGAGCGAAGAUGGAAGCAAAAAAGGAUUGUUUCCUGCAAAUUAUGUGGAAUUGAUAGCAAAUCCGCAUCAAUCGGCUGGUCAGACGGCCAUCGCUCUAUAUGAUUAUGAGGCGACCGAGGAAAAUGAAAUUUCGUUUGCAGAGGGUGCACUAAUCACCUAUAUUCAAUUUGAUUCGGAUGAUUGGUGGACCGGCACUAAUCCUGAAGGAAUAAACGGAUUAUUUCCGGCUAAUUAUGUUCAGUUAAAUGAAUGA